AUGGUGAAAACACUUGUCUUGGGUCAGAUCCUCUCUUUGUUCAUCUGUGGGACAGCGGUGACAAGCCAAUUCCUUGCUGACAAGUACAGAGUGAACACUCCGAUGCUACAAAGUUUCAUCAACUAUUGCUUGCUUUUUCUAGUAUAUACGACAACUCUGGUCUUCAGGAAAGACAGUGACAAUGCCUUGCAGAUCUUGAAGAGGAAAUGGUGGAAGUAUAUUUUGCUUGGACUGGCAGAUGUUGAAGCUAACUACACCAUUGUAAAAGCUUACCAAUACACGACUAUAACCAGUGUACAGCUCCUAGACUGUUUUGGGAUACCUGUGCUGAUGGCUUUAUCAUGGUUCAUCCUCCGUGCAAGAUACAAACUGAUCCAUUUUAUUGCUGUUGCUGUCUGCCUGUUGGGUGUAGGGACCAUGGUCGGUGCAGAUAUUUUAGCUGGGAGACCAGAUGGUGAAGGGAGCGACGUGGUGAUUGGCGAUGUCCUAGUCCUUCUUGGCGCUUCGUUGUAUGCUAUUUCGAAUGUGAGUGAGGAAUACAUUGUGAAAAAUCUGAGCAGAGUGGAGUUUCUAGGAAUGGUGGGCUUGUUUGGGACUAUUAUCAGCGGUCUGCAGCUAGCCAUUGUGGAACAUAAAGACAUAGCCAGUAUUCAGUGGAACUGGAAAAUUGUUUUGCUGUUCCUGGCUUUUGCCCUUUGCAUGUUUGGGCUCUACAGCUUCAUGCCAGUGGUGAUCAAGGUUACCAGUGCCACCUCUGUCAACUUGGGCAUUUUGACAGCUGAUCUCUACAGUCUGUUCUUUGGGCUGUUCCUGUUUGGCUACAAGUUUUCAGUGCUCUAUCUCCUGUCCUUUGUGGUCAUCAUGGUGGGCUUCAUCAUGUAUUGUUCCACGCCAACCCGCACUGCAGAGGCCAUCGCCACCAGCCUGCCACUGGCAGCCAGUACUGGGUUUGACAAUCUCGCUUUAAAAAUUGAGGAGAACCACUUGGAUACACCUAUUAUCUUGUCUCCACAACACAGCAGAGGAGAAGGUCAGGCAAAGGAAACAUCAGCUACAAAACUAACAGCCUUAUGAAAUAUAAAGCCCCUCAGCUGCUGGAAUUACCUUGGAAAUAAUCCUGAAGUCUAAUGACAAGAACCAGAUAUA